AUGGCAGGCGGCAAACGCUUCUACAAGAACAAAGACAAAGCCAAGCAAGCCCAGCAUGCGCCUCCGGGUGAUCAGACACAGGAAUACAUAGGCGGACAUGCCAUCCGAACGAAAGAACCAGCUGCACCUCUCGGCCCAGAUAAGCCUCGACAGAAGAUCGUCGUCCGCCACCUGCCGCCCAACCUGCCCGAGCAUCUCUUCUGGAAGAGCGUCCAACAAGCUCUGCCCGGUGUGCAGCUCUCUGCAUCGACAGACACGGCUCCGACGACCCAUGACGCGCCCGAGCAAGUGCAUGAAGCGCAACCUAGCCCGAGUGUCAUCGAUUGGCAAGCGUACUACCCUGGCAAGCUUCGCAAGAGGCACAACAGCAAAGGGCAGGAGGAUGUUCCCUCGCGCGCGUACUUGCACUUCACAGAGCUCGAUACGCUCGUAGCCUUCUGCUCAGCCUAUGACGGCCAUAUGUUCAGAGAUUCGGCAGGCAAUGUCAGUCGAGCACAAGUAGAGUUUGCACCCUAUCAGAAAUUGCCGCUGCCCCAGACAGAAGCCAAAGCAGAUCCAAAGCAGAACAGCAUCCUCGAGGACACUGACUUUACCGUUUUCGUAGAGACUCUGCGAGCACCAGAGCGGGCGGAGACUGCCGAUGGUGCGAGUGCCGCCGCCGCCGCCGCCGCCGCCAGCAAAGACGCAAAGAAGAGCACGCCCUUGCUCGAGUAUCUGCGAAAGCAGAGAGCUACAGACCUGGCUGCACGAGAACAAGCGCGAGCUGCCAAACGGAACGCUAAAGCUAGCACGUCGUCGCAGAAGAAGAAAGCGGGCAAGCUCGCAAAGAACACAGAGAUGUCUGAGGCUCAAAUCGUCACGGAUGCCCCGCCGAAAUCGAGUAAAGGCAAGGGCAAGCAGAUCAUCCAGCGCGAUAAUCUACCGCCCCCUGCUGGUCCAGACGCGGUCAUCACAGAGCCACAGGCAGGCCAGAUUCUUGCAGACGAUCAGCCUAAACCGAAACAGCCAAGGCGAACAAAUACAAACGCGAGCGAUCAAGCAGCACAGAGACGACAGCUCGGCGCGGCUCUCGGUGCUGCGUUGGGUACAGGACCGCCUAAGCGAGCGCCAUCGAAAGCAAAACCCAAGCAGGCUGCGUCUACACAUGAAGACGGGCCGCCGGUCACUAGUGAGACGCGUACAGAUUCGCCAACGCCGAGCGCGGCUUCUGUCGGCAGAGGUCAGGCGAGAGGACGCGGACGGGGCAGAGGUAGGGGACGGGGAACAGAGCAAUCCAGUGCGGGCAAUGCAUGA